AUGGGAUCAGCUCAGAGCUAUGAUGAAAACAAUCCUUCUGAUGAUAUUCCAAAGGUGGUAAAAAUCGAACGAAGUCAAAUACCGGAAGAAUACAGAACAGUUGCGGUAUCCCGUGAUGUCGUCGACCAGAUUCUAAAUUUGGGAAAUACGGAAAAUGAAAGUAUCAACGAUUUAAGGAGGCAGUUAGCAGAGGAACGAGAAGUGAAUCUUAAACUGCGUGAACAAGUAAAAAAUCUUUCAGAAUCGAAGGUUUCCUUGCAAAAAACUACGGCUGGAAAAAUUUCAAUAGCUGAAUUGCAAGCACGAAAGGAUGCAUUUGAUGAGACACUGGAGCGAAUCGAAAAACAGUACUUCUCGUAUCACCCAGAAAAUGUUUGCAAAGGAAUUGAGACUGAUUUAAUGGAAUGUAUUGCGAAAAAUAAAAAUAAAUUACUAAAUUGCACAUCUUUUGCGGCGGAUUUGACGAAAUGUGCCAGUGACUUCCGAGAAAAAGUUUUGAAAGAAGUAUCACAUUUAUAA